GCGGCAGCCGGAAGCGGGUUGAGCCGCCCUCUCGGAGCGCUGCCUGCACUUCCGGGGGCCUCAAGCCGGGCUCUAGAGUCUUCCGGUAGGCGGCGCGGGAGGAAAAAGAGGCUUGAGGGGCAGGGCCGGGCGGAUGCCCUUCACUCCCAAUGUGAGCAGUGUCCCAGGCCCCCGUCAGGCGAAGGCUGCCCAGAGAGGUGGAGCCGGUGGCCGGGCCGGGAACAUGAGGCACUGUCUCCUCUUCUUGACCAGCGUGGUUCCUUUCGUGGUGGCGCCGCGACCUCCGGACGAUUCCCCGGAGCGACUCGAAAAGCUUGAUUCUUUACUCUCAGACUACGAUAUCCUCUCUUUAUCCAAUAUCCAACAGCACUCAGUAAGAAAAAGGGAUCUACAGGCCUCAACACAUUUAGAAACACUACUGACUUUUUCAGCUUUGAAAAGGCAUUUUAAAUUAUACCUGACAUCAAGUACUGAGCGCUUUUCCCAAAAUUUCAAAGUCGUGGUGGUAGAUGGUAAAGAUGAAAGUGAGUACACCGUCAAAUGGCAGGAUUUCUUCAGUGGACAUGUGGUUGGUGAACCUGACUCUAGAGUUCUAGCCCACAUAGGAGAUGAUGAUAUUACAAUAAGAAUCAACACAGAUGGGGCAGAAUAUAAUAUAGAGCCACUUUGGAGACUAAUUAAUGAUACUAAAGACAAAAGAAUGUUAGUUUAUAAAUCUGAAGAUAUCAAGAAUGUUUCACGUCUACAGUCUCCAAAAGUGUGUGGUUAUAUAAAGGCGGAUAAUAAAGAGUUGCUUCCAAAAGGGCUGGUAGACAGAGAGCCACCUGAUGAGCUUGUUCAUCGAGUGAAGAGAAGAGCUGACCCUAAUCCCAUGAAGAACACGUGUAAAUUGUUGGUGGUAGCAGAUCAUCGCUUUUACAGAUACAUGGGCAGAGGGGAAGAGAGUACAACUACAAAUUACUUAAUAGAGCUUAUUGACCGAGUGGAUGACAUCUAUCGGAACACUUCAUGGGACAAUGCGGGUUUUAAAGGUUAUGGAAUACAGAUAGAGCAGAUCCGCAUUCUCAAGUCUCCACAAGAGGUGAAACCUGGUGAAAGGCACUAUAACAUGGCAAAAAGUUACCCGAAUGAAGAAAAGGAUGCUUGGGAUGUGAAGAUGUUGCUAGAGCAAUUUAGCUUUGAUAUAGCCGAAGAAGCAUCUAAAGUCUGCCUGGCACAUCUUUUCACCUAUCAAGAUUUUGAUAUGGGAACUCUUGGGUUAGCUUAUGUUGGUUCUCCCAGAGCAAACAGUCAUGGAGGCAUUUGCCCAAAGGCUUAUUAUAGUCCAAUUGGAAAGAAAAAUAUCUAUUUGAAUAGUGGAUUGACCAGCACAAAAAAUUAUGGUAAAACCAUCCUUACAAAGGAAGCUGACCUGGUAACAACUCAUGAAUUGGGACAUAAUUUUGGAGCAGAACAUGAUCCGGAUGGCCUAGCGGAAUGUGCCCCAAAUGAGGACCAGGGAGGAAAAUACGUUAUGUAUCCCAUCGCUGUGAGUGGAGAUCAUGAGAACAAUAAGAUGUUUUCAAACUGCAGUAAGCAGUCCAUCUAUAAGACCAUUGAAAGUAAGGCCCAGGAGUGUUUUCAAGAGCGAAGCAACAAAGUGUGUGGGAACUCCAGGGUGGACGAAGGAGAGGAGUGCGACCCUGGCAUCAUGUACCUGAACAAUGACACGUGCUGUAGCAGUGACUGCAUGCUGAGGGCGGGCGUGCAGUGCAGUGAUAGGAACAGUCCUUGCUGUAAGAACUGUCAGUUCGAGACUGCCCAGAAGAAGUGCCAAGAGGCUAUCAAUGCCACUUGCAAAGGCGUGUCUUACUGUACAGGUAACAGCAGUGAGUGCCCCGCUCCUGGCAAUGCUGCAGAUGACACGGUGUGCUUGGACCUCGGCAAGUGUAAAGAUGGGAAGUGCGUCCCCUUCUGUGAGAGGGAGCAUCGGCUGGAGUCCUGUGCGUGUAACGAAACCGACAACUCAUGCAAGGUGUGCUGCAGGGACCCCUCGGGCCGGUGUGUGCCCUACGUUGACGCUGAACAGAAGAACUUAUUCUUGAGGAAAGGGAAGCCCUGUACGGUGGGCUUCUGUGACAUGAAUGGCAAGUGUGAGAAGCGAGUACAGGAUGUCAUCGAGCGAUUUUGGGACUUCAUUGACCAGCUGAGCAUCAAUACUUUCGGAAAGUUUUUAGCGGACAAUAUCGUAGGUUCCGUCCUGGUUUUCUCCUUGAUAUUUUGGAUCCCCUUCAGCAUUCUUGUCCAUUGUGUGGAUAAGAAACUGGAUAAGCAGUAUGAGUCUCUGUCUCUGUUCCACCCCAGCAACGUGGAAAUGCUAAGCAGCAUGGACUCGGCCUCGGUUCGCAUCAUCAAGCCCUUUCCUGUGCCCCAGACCCCCGGCCGCCCGCAGCCCCUGCAGACUGCCCCUGUGCCGCCUGUACCCGCGGCUCCCAAACUGGAGCCCCAGCGAAUGGACACGAUCCAGGAGGACCCCAGCACAGACUCGCACGUGGAUGAGGACGGCUUCGAGAAGGAUCCCUUCCCCAACAGCAGCACUGCCGCCAAGUCCUUUGAGGACCUCACGGGCCGUCCGGUGACAAGAAGCGAGAAGGCCGCCUCCUUCAAGCUGCAGCGUCAGAACCGCGUGGGCAGCAAGGAGACCGAGUGCUAGGCUGGGCCUCCUGAGCGCGGGCUUCAGCGCGCACAGGGUUUUUGUACGACGGACUUGAAAUCCCUGCGUCCAUUUUGUGAAGAUUUGGGAGAAAUAAGGGACUUCACAGCAGAUGCUGGUCAUGUGUUUGGACUCCUUCACACACACAAAUACUUGUGUGCUUAGGCCCUUGUCCUUUGGAAGAGGUAAGGUGAAUCUAGCUUAUUUUGAGGCUUUCAGGUUUUAGUUUUUUUGGCUUUCAAAAUACCCUUCAACCUGUGGUGCAAAAGCAGAAAAUACAGCUGGAUUAGGUUAUGAAUAUUUACAUUUUUGUAAAUUGACCUUUUUAUUGAGAAUAGCACUGAUUAAGGAGAUGAUCAAUUUUUUGUUUUUUAUUUUAUAUACACUGUAAUGAUCUGCUGACUAUCAGGAGGCAUUUAGCAGUUACUUGUGAGGAUAACUGGAACACAGAUUUUAUUUUUUGCUUUCAGGUAAAGACAAAGGAGAGAAAACUGAGUUACACAUUCUUUCCAAAGUGUGGGUUCUGUUUUUAGGCAUUACCCAGAGCUUUUAGCAGCAGGGAGAAUCACCCAGCUUAUUCCCAAAAAUAGAUGUGUUAAUACGGUUUUUCGGAUUCUAAGAAUUAAAACACAGUCUAGCUUACAGGUAGCCAAAUUGAAUUUACAGAAUCCUGCCAACUGCUCAGGGCCCCAAUGUGCCGGGCAGUUUUUGUUUUCUAAGUUUAUCUAGUACUGUUGCCGUGUUCGUAAAGGGCUCGCCAUUCACAAAACCGAAACAACUUCAAAAUGAGAGCAUGGUUUCCUAGUGGCCAAGAAGUACGUGAGCUAGUUCUCCCCAAAGAACGGUGGUCUUGAAAGGCUGAGGCGUUGUGCUGAGCGGGGAGCGGCACGCUGCCUGUCUCGGGCCUGCGGCUCCCCCCCCCCCCCCCCGGUUCCUGAAAACCCCUGGUGGUGACCUGGGGGUGGACCCUGCAUCCCUUCUUGCUUUAGUGCUUCGGGACUGUGUGCGUUUACUUUGUGAAGGAUAAAAAUCAUCAAAUUGAACUCUGAUUUCCUUAAAAUUAUAGUUAAAAGCUUUUCCCCCCCAAGUACUGAAAUGUGCUCAUAGCCAACACAUUCUAACAGAGAUAAUUUGUAAAUUUUGAGGGCAAUUAACUGAACCUGUGAUAAAUCGAAUCUUUCCUUCUAAGGACGUUUCUUAUGCAGAUGCCUGUUACACUAAUACUUGAACUUAUACCUUGUGGUGUUUGCUGUCUUAACUAGUCCUGAUACAGUUUAGUUACACUUUCGGAAUCUGAUAGAAGGUGAGUGGGUGUAUGUGAGAGUGAACAGUUCCCAGCUCAAUGUAAGAAAACUUUUUUAUAAAAUUGUGACUUUUUAAACAAA